ACAAGAUUAGCAUACGGGCGAGGGGUCCGCGCUGUUAAGCUCCUGUGCCGGAAUUUCUCUUCAGCUCACAGCGACACAGUUGACCAACUGAACGCUGUUGUCGAUUGAUGGUAUCAGUUUGAGGUGGAAAGCAAGACGCGAACAGUGUGCUCUGGACUGCCGUGAAAACAGGACGUAUUCCUUCGCCAGUGGAGGGCGUAUUGUCCGAAUGAGUCAGGAAGUGUAGAAUGUGCUUCACCGGGACAUCACGCCAGCUCCCGUAACUAGAUCCUCCCCUUACACAAAUGCUAAGAGAGUUCAGAGGGAUUUCCUUCAACAGUCCCGCUCCCCGCUUCAUUGGGAAGCGAACGGUACACACACUACUAAACUGACAGCGCCGCGCUAGCUUCUCUGCUGUGACACUGCGCGGAAAACAAGGACAGGAGGGAUUGGAGACUGAACUGUUGAAGUUUAAACUUCACUGUGUUGUGUUAUUUUGUUUCGUGACUGUUGGAUCAUAAACGGUCAAAAUGCCGGUUGAAGAUAGUUUGAUCUGUAAAAAGAAUGUGCUGUACAUUGGAAGCUCCGUGCCUCUGGAGACUUCGGAGGGAUUGGAUGCCAUACAGCAACCCCUCAAGGAACACUACCCGGUAGAAGAGGGAUCUACUAUUGACGGAAUGAAAUCCAUCCUCACCGUCCUACCGACGGGGUUGCAGUUGUUGCUGAAUGAUGACGAUUCCGGGACGAUUAUCUGGUUCCCGAUCACCUCACUGACACUAUGUGCUGCUGUUCGAUGUAUCAACACCGUCAACACCGCCACAGGGGAAAAGGUUGCCAAGUUUGUUUCUCUAAGCUCACCCGCUGCUGGUGGACUCAAUUCUAGGAGGCCGGCAAUUUUCACAGCGAUCACCCGUCGCACUAAAGGCAAGAAGGUUUUGGAGUGCCAUGGGUUUGUUUGUGAAAGUUCAAGGGACGCUUUGGAAUUGGUGCAGAAAACUUCCACGGCCGAUAAAAUGAGCAAAGCAAGAAUAAACGGUACUGUCCUUCCUUCAACACCUUCUUAUUCAGUUGAGAACGUUGCUAGCCCGGUGCUGCGGUCGUACGGAGUGGAUAACGUUGUUACCUCGGGUAAAACAACGCCUGAAACUAAUACUCUUCUCCGCUCACCUGUGAUGCAGGACUACCCCGUCAGGCUGAUAUCAGGAGAGAGACGACUCUCCUCUACCAACGGAGUUGCGCCCGAGUUUAUGGAUAAUCCACCAGAACACGGGUACUUCUACAGCACCAAGACGUCAAAGGUAAAGAAGUAUACUGUAGAUCCCGUGUCAGAUGCGGAAGCAGAUUAUCUGAACGUGUCUUCCCAAGCACCGUUUGCAGCCAGACAUGCAGGAGAUCGGAGGUCAGUUUACAGUCAGCCCGUCGCCGUGGCUGCCAUGCCCCCCGGGACCUCCAUGACCCUGCCCCACCCACGACCCCCACCUGUCGUAUCUGUAAGGGCAGUCCCACCUCCUCCACCUACAAUGAUUGCUGCUCCCCCACAAAUGGUUCGUAGAGGGAGGUUUUUCUCUCCACCCCCAACUCUGAUGCGCCCGAGGGUAGUAGCUGGGUACCCCCGCCGGGAUCCACAUGUGUUCGUGCCACCACCGCCGGUUUUCAUUGACGCACCGUACGUCAUCAAACGACGGCCCCAGCGAAGGGGGUCACAUUCGUCAGGAUCUGGUUCAGGAUCAUCCCGGUCUUCAUCACCAAGGAACAUCCACGAUGAGACAUUCCCUAAGAGACACAUGAACGGCGAUAAUGGUGACCUUUCAAGCGAGCUCAGUUCCAGACCCAGAACCCCACCCACAGAUUACGAGUCUAGACCCAGGGGCCCCAGGAUUAGCCGCAGGGAGGACUACGACCUUCGUCACCGCCCUCCCCUGGGUGCAUUCCCAUCUAACGGUUUUGCCUCCCCUCAACCUGGUUACUACAUGUACGGCCCACAGCGUUACCCAUACAUGCCCAUGUACGUGGAGGGUAGAGCCAGAUCGGUGCCCCCUCCAGACGGUAAGGGGAAGAAGGGGAAGAAAGGGAAGAAGAACAAGAAGGAGAAGAAGAGCAAGAAGAGAGUGUAUGGAAUCCCGAGUGACUCUACAGACAGUUAUAGCGGAUACAUGUCAGAGAACCCCAAUAUGUUUGACAGAAGCUACCCAAGACUGCCACGAGACUUCAGGAAAAAGGAAAAUAUGAAUAUGAGUGAGAGGGCUUUCUCCAAGAAUCUGGAAGCACAGAGCAGGAACCCCCACUCACAUGAGGCAGGCAUGUCGGCUUAUGCCCUCAACGAACAUAUGGCAUCAAGAGUUCGGGGUGAGGACGAAUUUCAUAUGUACUAGGGGGUGAUCUCAAGAUACUUCAAUUGGAAUAUAUGUGUGUCCACCUGAACCUGUCUUCAUCGGCUAACAGCAGACUGAAGUGACCUGCUCGUGGAUUUCGCAAGAUGGCGACACACGCAUGACGUGUAGGAAUUCUGGGAAGGUUGCAGGAUGGUACACUGUGUAUGUUUGUGAGGAUCGACUUGACCCCCAGCGCAAAGUGACCUUUACCUGAGUUGGUGAGAAACAUGUUAAUGAAACAGCAAGCUGACAUUUAGGUUUGCUUUCGGAGAGGUCAAAGGUAAAGGGUGAAGGUCAAUAGAGAGGUGACGCAUCAGGUGAAAGGUCAACAAAUGUAAACAAUAGAAUAACUACCACGAGCAUUAUAAUACACGUGAUAUAUAUAUGUGCAAAUGUUAUACAAAAUGUCAUACCAAUUCAUGUACAAAGUACCAAGUCUACUCAUACGCAAACGAUAUGAUCUUGUACAUAAACAUAACGCUGGGUCAUGUAUUGCGGCCAAUCGUUGAAGCAGGUCUGAUAUAUCGGCAAUAUUGUGAAGUGAAGCAUAAUCCAAGGUAGUUAUAGCAACGAUUAACUUAGAAACUUACAAGAUAGAAAUUAACAGGGAAUGCGAUUUAGCAAGUUUUGUAAGAUUCCACAAACUGGCUCCACUGAUUACGUUGACAUUAAUUAAUGACAUUAAUCUCGUACGCAUUUCCUAACUAACCCUGCACAGUUUGACAUUAUGUACAUAGACUUGUAAAUCUCGUUCGUAUAGUUUAUUAAUGGGCACUGAUAGGACAUGGAAACAAACUUUGAAGUUAGCACCUAACUACAGCAACUGUGUCCCGGUUUACAGAAAGCUGCUGAGGUUGCACCCCAGGGCAGGUUUUGCAAAUACUAAUCAAACAUAUGUACACUUCGAACUUGACGGCAAAGUCAAACAUUGCUCGGAAUUUGUCCUAAUUCAUCAAACAUUGAAUGCGAGAAAACACGAAAUGCUCUUACGUUUUUCGAAACUAAUUAUUGAUACAAUAUAUAUGUAUAUUCGUACAAUAUUUGUCUCGCGAUGAAAGGAAACUCUAAUUGGCUACCCCUUUGAAGCUAAUGCUGUUACCCGCUGUACAUAACAUACUCAACCCGGUUUCAGAUUUACCAGGCUAAUUACAUAUUUAAACUACUUUGUGUUGUCAUUCCCGAUCCGGUUUAAUCUUUCUGCAUGGAACGCGUUUCAGAAAUCAGUGUGCACACACUAAUUACGAUUGCUAAUUGACUGGCUGCUGUCUACAAUAGCGCAUUUGUGUAAACUGGGUUUGUGUUCGUGUUAUUGCGUAAUAUUUCAACACCCCGGAGGCUAAUACUUGAGCUGUCUGUUAAAAUGAUCGCUGGUGAUCACAAACAUUAGCACGCUAUUUAUGACCUUGUAAAGUCACGAUCUAUUCGAAUAUAUACCUUAGGCUUCUGCAUAAUUUAUUCCACGUUAACCAAAACAAAAUGAACAUGGUAUCCCUUUUCCUGUAUAUGUACAACUCAUUAAUAUUUUAUCAACUUUCAGAAACAUAAACUAUUAAUGUAUGUUUUUACAUUCCAGUAAUUCAGGUCAAAUAGUGGUAUCGUUUUCUUAUGUUAAAAACACAUUUUGACAUUCAAGAUAUCGCACAAUUCGAGAAUUUGAUAUUGCAUUAAUUAAAGCGAGGUGUAUUGCUUGGCAACAGAAAGUGUUCACUCGAAAAUUGGAUUUGACCGCAAACAUAUAAUGUUAAUUGUCUGAAACCAUCAUUGCUAAGUUAAGUCCAAAUCAUACUACCUGUCCAUUACCACAAAUAACACUCGAUGUUUUGUUUUUUAAUUUUUAUUUUAAAUUUGAGACGCUAUUGUAAAUUUGCCCGAGGGUUCAUACUGUAACGUCUCAAAUUCCUUAUCAACUUAAACUUACAUAAUGUGCAACAUAUUGUGGCAUGUGUCGAUAAAUUCAUAAUGCAGUAUCGAAUUGGUAUUAUUACCUGCUAGAAGUCAUUAUGAUGCUCUGUUAUACGUGAAGGUCUCUCUAACAUAACCAAAUCGACAUUCUAUGUCUGGGUGAAAGAUCGGAAGCUGAUAUUAACACAGGAGAUCGAUGGAAGCAUAUCGCUAUAUAGAGGCCAGCGGGGUGUUGACACGUGGAUCAUAUGCUUGCCUGUACGUUCUUACAGCUCCCUCGUCUUUGUGAUGCUUUCAUUUGUCAUAGAAACUAGUUUGAUCCGAACAAAUAUUUUGGCCUUUCAAAUGCGAGAAGCAAAAUGCCAAAAAUAUUUACAUUCAAACAUUCAAUUAUCUCUUGAAGAAAAUUAAAAAUGUUUUUAUCUUUCGUUCGAUUGGGUUAUAUUUUUCUGUUGUAGCAUAUGUCAUUAUUUCAAAUUCGAUAUUUUGUUUCAUGAAUUAUUAACUCAAUGAAAUAUCUUAGCGUUAGUGAUUCGGACUUGUUUCUACAGAUUUGUAAACACAUAAAAAGUAUCUACCUGCUGAACACUGGGCCAGAUGUACAGGAUCAUAUCUAAAACCUGUCCAGGUACAGAGCUUCAUUUGCCAUACCUGAGAGGAACAGGGGUUAAUCUUCUACACUUGUCCAUCUCCAGACGUAGUUCUGCUAGGCCCGACAGGUAUACAGGUUCAUCUGCUACAUCGGACAGGUACACGGUAGAUCUACUUUACCUGACGGGUAUACAGGUAGAUCUACUAUGCCUAACAUUAUACAGGUAGAUCUGCUACACCAGACAGGCAUACGGGUAGAUUUACUACACCUGACAUGUAUACAGGUAGAUCUGCUACACCGGACAGGUACACGGGUAGAUCUACUAUUCCUGACAGGUAUACAGGUAGAUCUGCUACACCGGACAGGUACACGGGUAGAUCUACUAUACCUAACAGGUAUACAGGUAGAUUUGCUACACCAGGUGUACAGGUAGACCUAGGUAACUAUAACGCAUAACGUGUUUUCCUAGAAAUAAAUUCCAUACUUAUCACAUUAACUAUUAAAACACUGACCACUUUCCACACAGUAUGUACACACAUAUAUAUAUUACGUAAAACACGAACGCAAAGCAGAACAAAUGGUCUAUAUUUAGCAUGGCGUUUGUUUACAACACUGCAGUAGUGGUGGUAGUAACAGUAAACACUUAAUGGCCCUCAGCAGGCAGGUCAAUUAGCGUCAAUGGGGAUGUUGUCCAGGCAUUUGAUAUUUUAUGAGAUUCCAUUUGUAUUUAUAAACUACUAAAAUAAGUUAAGGUCAAAACUUGAACAAAACAUAUUGGUAUAGUUAAAUAAAUGUAGUAAAAUUAACUAUACCUAUAUGAAAGAAUAUCUCGGACCUUAACUAUUUUUAAGCAGUAUAUAAUGUACAGCUGAUAUGAAAACCUUAUUCACUUAAAAGCCUAAGAUGUGUAUUGAAUUUAAUGAAGUGAAUAUUGUUAUUUUUCUGGAAAUUAUUAUAAUUAUUGUAGGAUAUUUCCCAGCAUGUUGUUCAUUUCGUACUUCAUUUUGGCAAUUUGUUGAUAAAGUAAUAUUCUCAAAUAUUCACAUUAAUAGUAUUAUUCUGAAUAUUCUUUUGAAAACAGUGUUAACACUAUUACCAUGAUGUAAUACGUUACAAUUAUUUGAUGGUAUAAUACCCAAAUAACCAAUGGUCUUCCCGCCUGUUUUGCAUUAUGACGUCACGAUGACGUCAUUUCUUUCAGCCCACCUGUAAUCAAAGAGUUCUAUCCAGAAGUAUGUAUAUUUUAUUAAUAAAUGUAUAUUGUUACAGCAA